GAGAAAGUGGGUCUUAUUAUAUAUGUACACUUAAAAAUAUGGCCGGAGAGUUUGUUUAACGAAAUAUUGCAGAUCCAUUUCUUUUGAGGACCUUAAAGCUUGUGAUCUUCCUGAAACCCCCUUCUUGGUCAAGAUGAAGAAACCAAACAACAUCUCAUUUCAAUUUGCUUGUUUUCUUUUGUGUGCCAUUUUAUGGGCAGCUUCAGCUGAUCCCCAGUACCAAAACUUCAUCAACUGCUUUGUUAACAAUUCCAGCAAUUCCGCUGUCAUUUCCACCCCAGAUACCUCAUCUUACUCCUCCAUCUUGAAUGUUUCCAUCCAAAACCUGAGAUUUACUCUGCCAAACACCCCCAAACCACAACUGAUCCUGACUCCACAAAACGAAGCCCACAUCCAAACCGCAUUGUAUUGCUCCCAAAAGCACAAACUGCAAGUGAGGAUUCUCAGCGGGGGACAUGAUUUCGAAGGCAGUUCCUACGUUUCUAACGUCUCGUUUUUCGUCCUCAACAUGUACAACUUUAGAUCCAUCUCGGUGGAUUCCAUAAACAAAACAGCCUGGGUUGGAGCUGGAGCAACACUUGGUGAAACAUACUACAACAUUGUUCAAGCAAACAGUUCAUUAGCCUUCCCAGCGGGUUAUUAUCCACAAGUUGGUAUUGGCGGGCAUAUCAGCGGAGGCGGAUACGGCUGCCUGGUUAGAAAAUUCGGGCUUGCAGCUGACAACGUGUUAGAUGCUCGGGUAAUCGAUGCGGAAGGAAGAAUUCUGAAUCGGGCUUCAAUGGGGGAGGAUCUUUUCUGGGCAAUUAGAGGAGGAACGGGAGCCAGUUUUGCAGUCAUUCUGGAAUACAAAGUCAAAUUAGUUGAGAUCCCUAAAGAGCAACUCACGGCAUUCAGUCUCAAAAGAACUCUGGAACAGAACGCCACGGAUCUCGUCCACAAAUGGCAAACCGUUGGCCCGAAUUUGCCCCCGGAAUUGCUCCUCGAGCUCCAAUUGACGGUUGUUCCGUCAAACCAAACGGCCGACGGAAAAACCAUUCAGGCCACCUUCGUUUCCCUGUUCUUAGGUGGAGCUGAUGAUCUGGUGAGCAUAAUGAACCAGAAUUUCCCCGAAUUGGGUUUGGUCAGAGAUGACUGCAUUACUUUAUCAAGGUGGGUCGAUUUCAUCACAUAUUUCUAUCAGCGGCCAUUGAAUCUAACAGAUACGAUACUAACAAGCAGAGUCUCUCUGAACCCGAAGAGUUACUUCAAAUCCACAUCAGAAUUUGUUCAGAACCCAAUCCCGAAACAGGGGCUUGAGCAAUUGUGGGAUGUGAUGCGUAACAUCAGCUCCCCGCCGGUUCUGAUGAACUGGACACCAUUUGGGGCAAGAAUGGCUGAAAUCCCUGAAUCAGAAAUCCCAUUCCCUCACAGGGCUGGCAACAUUUACAUGGUGUUCAAGAAGAUCCAGUGGCAGGGGACUGAUCCAGACCUGAUCCAAGAGCGCUUUGCAUCCGCCAGAAGACUCACCAGUUUUUUUGGCAGUAUGUGAAUAAUAACCCGAGAGGUGCUUAUGCUGAUUAUAGGGACCUGGAUUUGGGAGUGAACAAUGAUGUCGGGGAUACAAGUGUUUUACAGGCCAAGAAAUGGGCAGCUUCCUAUUUCAAGAAUAAUUACCUUCGACUUGUUAAGGUGAAGACCAUGGUUGACCCUGAUAAUUACUUCAAGAACGAGCAGAGCAUUCCCCCACUGAUUUGAUCCAUCAGCUCCGGCGCCGUCUCAAACUGAAGCAAUCAUUAAGCUCUUGAAUGUUUUAGUAUGUUUUAAAGUUUUCCUCUGUUUUCUUCUUGUUUCGUGUUAUGCACCGUGUCCCUGUGAGAAAGAAGAGGCAAUUAUAUUUGUCUCUCGUUAAGUGAUUUCAUCAAUGUCUAAAUAAAAGUGUCUAUGUGUUUCUUUAAUCCCAUGUCUUUAACAACAAAAAGGUAAAAGUCACUUUCUGGACAAAUACCACUUUAAUUAUGUUACAUAUUCAUGGGAGAUGUGAUUCGUUCUCAUGACUUUAAGGUUCGAAAAAGUUAGAUCUAUAUACCAUAGUCUUCUCAAUAUCACUACUCAUUAU